UACAGGAAACAGGAAUCAUGCUGAAACCAAGUGGACUUAAAAUCCCAGGCAGGGCUGGGAAGCACUCCAGCCCAGUGGGACGGGCAUCAGGGACCACCACAGCUGCUGUCACCACUGGCUCAAAGGAAGGCUCACCUUUACACAAACAGGGUACCACGUCCACCACCAGCACCGAGAAGUCGGGUUCAAAGGUUGCCGAGGUGGGCGAUGAUUUCCUGGGAGACUUUGUGGUGGGCGAACGCGUCUGGGUGAAUGGAGUGAAACCAGGUGUGAUCCAGUACCUUGGGGAAACACAGUUUGCUCCGGGCCAGUGGGCAGGGGUUGUUCUGGAUGACCCGGUGGGUAAGAAUGACGGCUCUGUCGGAGGAGUGCGCUAUUUCGAGUGCCAGCCGCUGCAGGGGAUUUUUACGCGACCGUCCAAGCUGACGCGGCAGCCGGUGGCUGAGGGCUCGGGGAGCGACGCCCCCUCCGUGGACUCCCUGACUGCUCAGAACUUGUCACUGCACUCGGGAACGGCCACGCCGCCUCUGUCCAGCCGCGUGAUCCCGCUGCGGGAAAGCGUCCUGAACAGCGCCAUGAAGACGGGCAACGAGUCCGGAUCGAACCUCUCGGACAGCGGGUCUGUGAAAAAAGGGGAGAAGGACUUACGGCUUGGAGAUCGUGUGCUGGUCGGUGGGACAAAGACAGGAGUCGUGCGCUACGUGGGAGAGACGGAUUUUGCCAAAGGAGAGUGGUGUGGAGUGGAGCUGGAUGAACCCCUGGGGAAGAAUGAUGGGGCAGUUGCUGGUACAAGGUAUUUUCAGUGCCCACCCAAGUUUGGCCUCUUUGCUCCCAUCCACAAGGUGAUCCGGAUCGGGUUCCCAUCAACCAGCCCUGCCAAGGCCAAGAAGAGCAAGCGGAUGGCCAUGGGAGUGUCAGCCCUGACCCACAGCCCCAGCAGCUCCUCCAUCAGCUCUGUCAGCUCCGUGGCCUCGUCAGUGGGGGGCAGGCCCAGCCGCAGUGGGCUGCUGACAGAGACCUCUUCUCGAUAUGCCCGGAAGAUCUCUGGCACCACAGCCCUGCAGGAGGCACUGAAGGAGAAGCAGCAGCACAUUGAACAGCUGCUGGCAGAGCGUGACCUGGAGCGGGCAGAGGUUGCCAAAGCCACCAGCCACAUCUGUGAGGUGGAGAAGGAGAUUGCUAUCAUGAAGGCCCAGCACGAGCAGUAUGUCACAGAGGCAGAAGGAAACCUCCAGCGAGCACGAGCCUUGGUGGAUGGGAUGCAGAAGGAGAAAAUUGAGCUGUUGAACCAGCUUGAAGAGGAGAAGAGGAAAGUGGAGGACUUGCAGUUCCGUGUGGAGGAAGAAUCCAUUACCAAAGGGGAUCUGGAGACUCAGACGCAGUUGGAGCAUGCCCGAAUACGGGAGCUCGAGCAGAGCCUGCUGUUUGAGAAGGCACAGGCUGAAAAACUCCUCAGAGAAUUAGAGGACACCAGGUUAACCACGGUGGCAGAGAAGUCCAGAAUCCUGCAGCUGGAGGAGGAGCUGAGCCUCAGGCGCAGCGAGGUGGACGAGCUCCGGCAGUGCCUCCAGAGCUCCCACCAAGCAGAGACCCCUGAGCACAACCUGGGCUUGCAGUCAGAGGCUCUUCGGUUGAGGGAUCAGUUACUGUCUGUCAACAAGGAGCAUCAGAAAGAGAGCAGCCAGCUGAAGGAGAAGUAUGAGAAGACACUGAAGAAGUACCAGCAGGAGAUGGAGAAGCUGAAAUCUGUCAAUGAGAAGUACUCGCAGGAGAUUGUUGACCUAAAGCAUAAAGUUCAACAAGCCACCAAUGAGAACAUGGGGCUCAUGGACAACUGGAAGUCCAAGUUGGACACGUUAGCUUCUGACCACCAGAAGUCUCUGGAGGACCUGAAAGCCACACUCAACUCAGGCCCUGACACCCAGCAGAAGGAGAUUGUGGAGCUGAAGGCAGUGGUGGAGAGUAUAAAGUUGGAGCACCAGCUUGAGUUGGAGAACCUGAAAGCAAAGCAUGACAUUGAGACAGCUGUCCAUAUAAAGGAGAAAGAGAGUCUCAAACUGAAGCUACAGGAGGCUUUAGAUGAAGUGGAAAAAAGCAACAGCAACUGGAAAAUGCAACUGGAAACCAAAAGCAGUCAGCACCUUCUUGAGCUCCAAGAUGUGAAGGACAAGUGUCGAGAUGCUGAGCUGAGGGUGCAUGAACUGGAGAAACUUCAUGGUGAAUAUACAGAUCAGACACAAGCAAUAGCUUUCUUGAAAGAGCAGAUAUCUUUGGCUGAAAAGAAGAUGUUGGACUAUGAAACAUUACAGAAAACGGAAGCCCACAGCAAACAGGAAAUCCAAAGAUUGCAGGAAAAAGUGCUUGUCUUAGAGAACAAGCUGCAGUCCAUGGAGGCCCUGCAUCCUUCUCAGCAUGCAAAUAUGAUUGAAACUAAUGAUAUUUCAGAAGAAAAGAUAAAGAUGAAGCAGACUAUGGAAGACCUUCAAGACAAGCUGAGUAAAAGAGACAAAGAGGUGUCAUCCCUGGUGACCCAGACUGAAACUCUAAGGGCCCAAGUAAGUGCUCUGGAAAAUAAAUGCAAAACAGCAGAAAAGAAGGCUGAUUCAGUGUUCAAAGAGAAGAAGAGGUUGGAAGGAGAACUGGAAGCCUUGACCAAGAAAACACAUGAUGCCUCAGGGCAACUAGUCCUGAUCAGCCAGGAGCUGCUCAAGAAGGAAAGGAGCCUGAACGAGCUGAGAGCUCUGUUACUGGAGGCGAACCGGCACUCCCCGGGGCCCGAGCGCGACCUCAGCCGGGAAGUGCACAAAGCUGAGUGGCGGCUGAAGGAACAGAAGCUCAAAGAUGACAUCAAGGGGCUUCGAGAGAAGCUGGUUGUGCUGGACAAGGAGAAGGCAGUGACGGACCAGCGGCGCUACUCCCUGAUUGACCCCUCCUCGGAGUCAGAGGUGAUCCGGCUGCAGCACCGGCUCGUCAGCACCGAGGAUGUGCUGCGCAACGCCCUGGAGCAGGGACACCAGAUGGAGAAGCUUAUGGAAGCAAUGAGACUCUCCUCUGAGAAAACACAGACUGUUGGAAAUUCUGGCUCUGCUAACGGGAUUCACCAGCAGGAUAAAUCCCACAAGCAAGAGGAGAAGCUCUGAUUGAUAGAGAAGAGGUGAAAAGGAUCAUUUCAUGCCAGUAUCAGCUCCUCUGCACAGUCAGGAAAAACAGCACCACA